AGUGGGCUCUCGGAAAAGUUACAAAAGUAUUUCCAUUUAAAAUCCCUUCAAAAGCGAAUGUGAAGCCCCAAAACACACGCACACACGCGCUUUUCCAGUGCAAAAGCCCAUUGCAAUACCGCGAAAACAGAAAGAGAGAGGAGAGGAAGAAAAGCGCUCCCAGCACGGCGCACGCACGACGCACGCACUUCCCUGCAGACGAUGACACAGAACGUACCGAGAACGGCCGUCCGUCGUACCCUGUAGCCAGCGCCGUCUGUGUUGAGCCGUCGUCUAUUGUUUUGCGUGCUGCCAGCCAGUGCAGUUCGGUCUUUCGGAGCGUCCGCGGCUUUCCCGUUCCGUUCGGAUCAGCAGUGCGGAAAAUUCUUAAACCCACCCAACCACAAACCCCGAAGAUACCGACCGAGAUCAAUAACCCCGUCCGUGGAAAGUGUACGAGCGUUUGUGUGUGUGUGUUUGUGUUUGGUGGCCAGUUCCGGUGGCCAAGCUUGUGCGCCUGUGUGUGUGUGUUUGUGCGCGCGCGUUUGUGUACUUUCCGCUCGGCCGUCGGUGGGGUGGGUUUCUUUUUUUCUUUUCUAUCGGAGCAACCAAAGCUACUCACACACAACAUACACAUAGUAGAGUAACCCGUCGGUGGCUGUCUGGUGUGGAAGUCGCAAAAGUUCUUUCCUUCCACCUGUUCUGGGUGUGUGGGUUGCUGUGUGCGACGAGUGUACAGCGAGUGAUUCGAUCGGCCCAGUGUUUAAAGUCCAAGUGCGCGAGGACAUCAGUCCGAACGGUUGAACCAAAAUAAAAGCAGCAUGAGCGCGACCGACGGUGGAGGUGCCGAGCUGAGGCGAAGGUUACUAGCGGAAGGGGAUGCUGGUCAGCAGCAGCAACAGCCACAGGAAAGCCCUAAACAGCCGCAACAACAACAACCGCCGGAGUGUGCUACCACGGAAAACUCGGACCAUGUCGAUUCGGAAACCGAAACCGAGGAGCGAAUGCCGGACGAGAAGUACGUCGACGAGAUGGCCAAAAAGCUUCCCCAGGGAACGAACAAAAUGCCCGAGGUGCUGGGCUAUGUGCUAAGCGGACUGCCCGAUAGAUGGAAGAACUGGGUGAUACGUGGCAUCUUUACUAUGAUUAUGAUCAGCGGCUUCUGUCUCAUCAUCUACGGCGGUCCGUUAGCGCUGAUGGUUACGGCUUUAGCCGUGCAGGUGAAAUGCUUCCAGGAGAUUAUCUCGAUCGGCUACUCCGUGUACCGCAUCCACGGACUGCCCUGGUUCCGCAGCCUCUCCUGGUACUUCCUGCUUACGUCCAACUACUUCUUCUACGGCGAAAAUCUGGUCGACUACUUCGGUGUUGCAGUGAGCCGUGUGGACUCGCUACGUUUUCUAGUCAAGUACCAUCGCUUCCUGUCGUUCUGUCUGUACUGCAUCGGCUUUGUCUGGUUCGUGCUGUCCCUGGUGAAGAAGUACUACAUGAAGCAGUUCAGCCUGUUCGCCUGGACGCACGUGGCGCUGCUGAUCGUCGUCACGCAGAGCUACCUGAUCAUACAGAACAUUUUCGAAGGGUUGAUCUGGUUCAUCGUGCCCGUGUCGAUGAUCGUGUGUAACGAUGUGAUGGCGUACAUGUUUGGGUUCUUCUUUGGCCGCACACCGCUGAUACAGCUCAGCCCGAAGAAAACGUGGGAAGGCUUCAUUGGCGGUGGGUUUGCGACGGUCAUCUUUGGUCUGAUUGCGUCGUACUUCCUGUGCCAGUUCCAGUUCUUCGUCUGCCCGAUCGAGUACUCGGAGACGGAGGGACGCAUGAUCAUUGAGUGUGAGCCGAGCUAUCUGUUCCGGCCGCAGGAGUACAGCAUCGCAUUGUUUGGCGCAAGCAAAACGAUCACGAUGUAUCCGUUCCUCCUGCACUCGCUCUCGAUGAGCAUCUUCAGCUCGGUGAUUGGACCGUUCGGUGGCUUCUUUGCUUCCGGAUUUAAGCGUGCGUUUAAGAUUAAGGAUUUCGGCGAUAUGAUUCCCGGACACGGUGGCAUUAUGGAUCGUUUCGACUGUCAAUUCUUGAUGGCAACGUUUGUAAACGUUUACAUCUCCAGCUUCAUCCGUUACGCUUCCCCGCAGAAGCUGCUAAACAUGGUAUACAAUCUUAAGCCCGAAGAGCAGCUGCAGCUGUUCAAUCAGCUAAAGGACAGCCUGGAAGAGCGAAACAUUAUAAACCUUUAAGUUGCCCGAAGCCGAGCGCAAAACAAGUGUGUGUGUGUUACCCCCCGCUACCGCGCUGCUCGUCGCCUGUUAUUUGUUGUAUUAUGUGUUUUUGUGAAUGGUUUUUUUUUUCGCUGUUCAUUAGUGUUUUUGUUUGUGUUUGUUUUAACACCUUAGUUUAUUUAAAUACCAUUUACGUUUUUUUUGCCAUUCGGAAGCAAUGGAAGAAAGAGAAAAGAAAGCAAAAAACCCCGACACCAAUGCUCGAAAAUGGGAAAUCAGCAAACGACGCUUUAUUUUGGUGAUGCUGCUGUUUUGUGUAAGCGAGAGAGAGACUAAUCUUACCAUUUAUAUGUGUAUGAUCUAAUAACUAUUACGUUUGGCUACUCCGAACGUGUAUCGGCACUAAGACUAAGAGCUUUGAAGAAGGGAGGGAAAACCAGGCCAAACGAGAGAGAGACCCUCCCAGUAGCGAAACCAAUCAAACCACGAUGAUCUCGCUAGUUCGCAAUCAGUGCUGGGGGGGUUUGGAAGAAUGAUAUCGCCCCGGCUACACAAGUAUUCUGCUAGGAGGCGUGUGUGGCAAACGAUAGAUGAUACACAUUUUCUGUACGCAGAGUUUCUUAUUUGCUUUUUUUUUUUUACAAAAUGACAAGGUCGUGUGUGUGACAGGUGCGUUGCGUGGAUGCGUUUUGCGUGUUUGCCCUUUUAAGUUAUUACAGGGUUUCCCACGAUUUAUUGGUUGGUUCCCACGAUUUAUUGGUGCGUUCCCACGAUUUUUUGGUCAUUUCCCAUAAUUUUUUGGUAGCAACCCACGAUUUAUUGGUCGGUUCCCAAAUAUUAUUGGUCGGUUCCCAAAUAUUAUUGGUCGUUUCCCAAAUAUUAUUGGUCGGUAUUAUAUUAUAUUAUAUUUGGGAACCGACCAAUAAUAUUUGGGAAACGACCAAUAAUAUUUGGGAACCGACCAAUAAUAUUUGGGAACCGACCAAUAAAUCGUGGGUUGCUACCAAAAAAUUAUGGGAAAUGACCAAAAAAUCGUGGGAACGCACCAAUAAAUCGUGGGAACCAACCAAUAAAUCGUGGGAAACCCUGUAAUGAUACACACCCCGUUGGCGAAAUGGAUGGAAAGGGAAGGAGUGCGAGACAAAAUCGUAGCGCGGAUAGUAGGUGCCUGUUUUGUGUGCGCCAAUUUUCCGGAACAACACGUGUUGCGAUCAAGCGUUGUUGCUUAUUGUGAAACGCAGCAAUAAGAUAUACAUAUUCAGCGCCGCAGCAUGGGAAAUUGUGCACAAGACAAGGCAGCUCCAUACGCAAUCGAUGGCUAGAACAAAAUACGCGUAAUGAUUGUGUACGGUGGUGUAAGUGUGUUUGACAGUGAACGAAUGAUGAGCGAAGAAGCAAGUGGUCAAACACGGACCAGCAGCAGUAGCAUCAUAAUCGCAUAUAUUUAAUCGAACUGAAAACAAAAAUCCAGGCUUUCAUUCCGCAAUUUGAGUGAUUUCUUGAGUGGAAGUGGAGUGGAGAGUGGAGAAAACAAAACGGAUGAUUAUAAUAUGUAGGAAAAGGAGAGCAGACAUAGUUUUGUGCAAUAAUAUAUUAUAUACUAUAUAUACACACACAUGUAUAUGUAGCUAAAUGGGACUGAAAAUGCCCCAGCGAGGGAGAUAGAGAGAGCGAACGGUAGUGGAAGAUUGCAAGAUUACCAGAUCGCAGAUAUCGUAAACAUACACAGAUACACAGAUAAAUAAACCACUCUCUCACAUUAGCGUAAGAAGAGGGAGAACCGUUCCAUUUGACCGUUGGAAACCUAGUCCGAUAUGGAGGAAAUCCACAAACACAAAUCCACACUGCAUGUUGUUAUGGUGCGCGCUCUGACAACCGAUAGGCAAGAGGACCUCUCAACCAUCCAGAAGAGGAAUGCCAAUGCCGAGGGAAAAUUAGGGAAAAUCCUUGCCCUGCGUGCUACACAAAAGCUCCCUCUAGAAAGGAAAACAUGAAACCCUCUCGUUGGAAAGUGGGCACAUUCCAGGAGGAACUAAAGCGCGCUCGCGUGUGUUUGUGUGUGUUGUUAUGGCCGGAAGACAUUGUGCUUCAUGCUUCACGCCGCAGACCUUGGGGAUGUUGGAAUAGAGAACAAAAUCGCAUUAAUAUCGCGUUUUUUCGAUGUUUUACCAAAACAAAAAGCCAAUGUGUGCGUGCGCUCCACAAUCCUCUUCCUUCCGUGGGUUAGGAAGUGACAAGAGCCGCCGCCCCGUUAGUAGCGUUGUCGUACCUACCGUUACAAACACACACACACAUCAACAGAUAGAACGAAAUUAUAAUCCACACGUGGCAGUAGAGCAUUGAAGCUGCGUAUUGAUGUUUAGAUUUGGUUUAUUUUAUAUAUCAACGUGUUUAAUAAAGCAAUUGUAUAAGGCGACCUGUGUAUUGUAGAGGAUAAAACAGAAUAAGAAAAAAAAACACACACACAGAGACACACAAGAGAUGAUUGAAUCCACUGGUAGCUCCCAGGAGCGAUUUAUAAUAGUAGCAAAAGGAUUGGAAAAUCGAUCGAAACCCCCAUCAUCACACACACGUCGUAUUAUCGUUUAAUUUCUGAUUUCUUGCCCUUGUUUUUCCUUCUUCCGAUAGUAAUUGUUAAUUCCAUCGUUAUUGGUUAAACGAUCCGUAGGUUAAAAUUACGUUUAUUUUUGUCCUAUUAAAUAAUAUAACUAUAUUCUGUUAUCGCUUUGCCCGCUCACAAAUACUCCAACACCCGAGAAAGAACAAAAACACACAACUACAAAAAGAAAUGCAAUGUUUAGUAUAAAAGAGAACCUCUAACCAAAUGUUAAUCUCGUGUAACGUAAAUUUGAACACAUAGCAACAUUUAUUGUAAAACAAAAUAGUAAGACACAGAGGGAGAGAGACAGAGAGAGAGAUCGAUGGAUUCCCAUAAUGUCUGUUAAAUAAUCUCCAUCGCUUAAAAGCAUUCUCUCUUUCCCCUGUCGUUUUCAAAACCUGCCCCAAAAUAAAGAGUUCAACGAUG